AUGGAAACCAUUAACCCGACGGCCGUUUUAGAAAUUAGUUCUGACGAAGAGGGUGCCGAUGCAGCCACGGAGAACGAAGCUCAGGAAGAAGAAGAAAAGGAAGAGGAAGAGGCCACGUCGGUAACAGCCAGACCUCAACGGCAAGCUGCUAGGACGAAGGCACCCACGCCCACGGCUAGAGAAGCACCGACUCCUUCACAUUUCGAGAGUAGUCAUCCUCAAAGGACCGUACGCGAGGGGAACAUGACGUUUGUAUUCGUCCCGAACACGCCUGUGGGACCACGUUCAGAAAGGCUGCUAAAUGUCCCUAUUGCCACACCGUUGCCCGGGAGACAAGAGACCGCAUGUGGUGUGAGGGCUCAGUAUCCUGACUGCAGGAGAACAUCCCGUGGGUAA